AUGAAAAGAAGAGGUGAUGUAAAGUGCUUCAAAGUUAGAAGAAACUUUCAACAAGUCUUGCCCAUUACUUUAUUGGGUAAGUGUACGCAUUGUGCGAAGAAUUCGGCUCGAUUUGUCCCCGAUAGUCAGUUCGGUAGUCGAGAACUACCACAGAACUUCCUGCCAGAAGCUAUGAGUGCCAGUUCCACAAUUUUAUCCGGCAGGUCGAUCGGUGUGUCAACCGAAUAUGAUUUACAGUACGUGCCUCAAAAGGUAGUAAAAGGGCAAGCUUUAGCUGAUUUUGUAGCUGAUCAUCCUAACAUGUUAAUGGAAAAGGAUGAAUUUGAGAUACAUAUGAUUGAAAUAAAACCAUGGAAAUUAUCAUUCGAUGGUUCUAAAACUGACAGAGGGGUUGGAGCAGGCAUAGUUUUUACAUCUCCGAAAGGGGAACUUUUACAGUUUUCUUUUCAGUUAGAUGAAAGUAGGAUUUUAACUAAUAAUCAAGCUGAGUAUGAAGCUUUGAUUAUCGGUUUAGAGAUUGCAAAAGAAUUGAAUAUUAGAUAUUUAAAUGUUACGGGGGAUUCACAAUUGAUGAUUCGACAAAUAACAGGUGAAUAUAAGUGCAAUCAUCAUUUGCUAGAAUUACAACUGCAGAAAGUUAAAAUUCUUGUAUCAUAUUUUGAUGAAGUACAGUUACAACAUGUUUAUAGGUUAGAAAAUGGUGAUGCUAAUCAAAUGGCACAAAUUGCUUCUGAAAUUAGGAUUCCAGAAGGACAAAAUGAAAAAUUAAUAAGAGUCCAAAAGAGAUUCUUGCCUUUCUCUAUCGAAAGAGAUAGGAAUGAUUUUGAUAUUAUGGAACUAAAUUUGGUUGAUGAUUGGAGAGUUCCAAUAAAGAAAUUCCUAGAGAAAUCAAGUGAAAAAACAGAUAGAAAUAUAAAGCAAAGGGCCAUUAACUAUGUUAUAAUAGGCAAUGAUUUAUUUAGAAAAUCUUUAGAUGAAGUAUUAUUGCUUUGUAUUGCUAAACCCCAAACAAUGAUGGUUAUGGGAGAAGUUCAUGAAGGAACUUGUGGUUCUCAUCAAUCUGGAGACAAAAUGAAAUGGCUACUUAAAAGAUAUGGCUAUUAUUGGCCAACAAUAAGGAAAGAUUGCUGGGCGAUUGAUAUGAUUGGAGAAAUAAUUCCUCAUUCUUCUCAACAACAUGAGUAUGUAAUGGUAGCUACUGAUUAUUUUACGAAAUGGACAAAAGCUAUCCCAUUGAAGAGUGUAGCACAAAAACAGGUAAUUGAUUUCAUUGAGUAUAUUUUCUGUCGAUUUGGUUUUCUUGAAACAAUUACGGUAGACCAAGCAUCUGUGUUCAAUGGUCACGAAGUAAUGACUUAUGUUAGUUCAUAUGGAGUAAAAAUCUUGAAUUCUUCUCCUUAUUAUGCCCAAGCAAAUGGGCAAGUGGAAUCUACUAAUAAAAUUAUUAAGAAUACUCUAUCUAAAAUGAUAACUGAUAAUCCCAGAGAAUGGCAUGAUUUAUUGCCGAAAGUGUUAUGGGCUUACAUGACUUCAAAAAGGGAAAGCACGAGAGCUACACCAUAUGAGUUAGUAUAUGGCCAAGCUGCAGUAUUACCUGUUGAAAUUAAUGUUACAUCUCAUAAAGUUGCUAGGCAUUAUGACCCAAAUAAUUUUGAUUUCGAAGAAGCAAUGUAUAAAGAGUUAGAUGGACUAGAAGAGUCCAGAAUAGAUGCUUUAAAUAAUAUAUAA